AUGAAGAAGACACUCAUUCUCGAUCUAGACAAUACACUGGUAUACGCUCAUAAGGAUCUCGUCUCUUCUGUGAGUUUCAGCAUGGAAUUCGACGAUGAUGCACCACUCCACAUCAUGAAGAGACCAGGCGUAGAUGAAUUUCUGGGGAAGGUUUCAAAAGUGUACGAUAUCGUGGUGUUUAGUGCCGCCCAGGAGAAGUAUGUCAACCUUGUGGUUGACCAUCUGGAUCCUACUGGGGGGCUUGUGUCGAGGAGGCUACAUGGUGGCAAUUGCGUUGUUCUAAAGGACGGGACGAAAGUCAAGAAUCUUGACCAUGUAGGGUUUCGGGAUUUCAAGCGGGUGGUGGCACUGGAUGACAUUAUUGACUUCUACCAAGGUCAUCAAGAGAGCGUGGUGGUGGCUCCAAAGUUUGAGGGGUCAAAGGAUGACCACUUCUUGGCAGAUGUAACCCCGUUCCUUCUUGCGCUGUCAAAGUGUGUGGAUUUUACCAAAGUUACCCAUCGCUGGAAUAUUGGACAAUGUGUGGAGAAGCAAGGCAAAUUGUACGUCCUAGAUCCAUUCGAUGAUGAAUGGGCAUCUCCACGCCAAAUCGCGACUCUUCUGCGCCAAUGUGGUGAUUCCAAGUCCCUCCCGCGAGGGAAGCUCUUGCACCGCCGCCUGGCCGCCACCCUCGACCUACGCCACCACCCCUUGUUCAGCAAUCUCCUCAUCCUCAUGUAUGGCAAGUGCUCCAGCCUCCCGGACGCAUGGUCCGUCUUCCACGAUCUCGUCCACAAGAACGCCUUCUCCUGUAACAUCAUGAUCUCGACGCUCUGCGCAAACGGCCAGAGCGCGCAAGCGAUUCAUCUCUUCCUCGCCCUCGCCAGCGAUUCAGUCGUCCGCCCCACCCACGUCUCGUUCGUCGCCGCGAAAAGAGUGCUUGGAUUGUUCUCGGAGUCACUGGGACUGGAAAGUGGUGCUCUGGAGGAAGCUUUUGGAGGAGAGAGGCAUGCGAUGAGGAUGAACUACUAUCCACCUUGUCCGGAGCCGGAGCUUACAAUCUGA